AUGUCGGAUCAGAGAUACUAUACCCUCGCGGAAGGAUGUCCCUUCGCAAGCAGCAGCACUGCUGUUCUCAUGCGUGGCCAGCAGGGUGGUGGUCUUGGUCUUCUCCAGGAUACUCAGCUUAUCGAGACCCUGGCCCAUUUCUCUCGUGAGAGAAUUCCGGAGCGAGUCGUCCAUGCCAAAGCUGUUGGUGCAUAUGGCGAGUUUGAAGCGACUGCCGAUUGCUCAGAUAUCACCUCAGCUAGUUUCCUCAACAAGGCUGGCAAGAAGACCCCAGUUCUCUUGCGCGUGUCUACUGUUGGCCCAGAGUCAGGCUCGGCUGAUACAUCUCGGGAUGUGCAUGGCUGGGGAAUGAAGCUUUAUACCGAUGAAGGUAAUUUGGACUGGGUCUUCAACAAUACGCCUGUCUUCUUCAUUCGGGAUCCUAUCAAGUUCCCUUCCAUGAAUCGGUCACACAAAAGACACCCGCAGACUCACCUUCCUGAUGCAAACAUGUUCUGGGACUUCCAUGUGGGUAACCCAGAAGGCAUUCAUCAGCUGCUGCAUCUCUUCAGCGAUCGCGGAACCCCUCAGUCAAUCCGAUUCCUGAACUCCUACAGUGGACAUACCUACAAAUUCACCAAAGAGGAUGGCUCGUUCAAGUACAUCAAAAUUCACAUCAAGUCUCAGCAAGGCGUCAAGAACUUCACCGCAGAGGAGGCUACUCGAAUUGCGGGUGAAGACCCAGACUACAUGAUCAGGGACAUGUUCGAGGCUAUUGAGCGAGGAGACUAUCCCAAGUGGGAUGUCUUUGUUCAAGUCAUGGACCCAUCCGAGGCUGAGACGUAUCGGUGGAAUAUCUUUGACAUGACCAAAGUCUGGCCUCAUAGUGACUUCCCGUUGAGAAAGAUCGGCCAGCUCACCCUGAACCGCAACCCCGGGAACUAUUUCGCCGAUAUCGAGCAGGCGGCUUUCUCCCCGUCAACCAUGGUGCCCGGCUUUGCUGCAUCCGCUGAUCCAAUUCUCCAAGCAAGACUAUUCGCCUACCCCGACGCCGCCCGCUACCGCCUCGGCGUCAACUACCAGCAACUCCCAACCAACGCUGCGAAGGUCCCCGUGUACUGCCCAUUCCAGAGAGACGGCAAGAUGAGAUUCGAUGACAACUACGGCGGAGACCCCAACUACGUCAAUUCCACACUCAAGCCUACCAAGUUCUACCCCGAAGUCAAGGGAGUCAAGCCUCAGGCAGUCAGCCUGCACACAGAGCAUGAGAAGUGGGUCGGAGAAGUGGUCACUUACACCAGUCAUAUCACGGACGACGACUUUGUUCAACCUGCUGCUCUGUGGAAGGUCAUUGGCCGGGAAUCAGGACACCAAGACCGCCUUAUUGCAAACAUUGUGUCUAGUCUGAAGGGGGUAAAAUCGGCCGGUUUGAGGAACGAAGUAUAUGCUCUCUUCUCCCGUGUUGAUAAGGAUCUCGGUUCUAAGCUCAAAGAGGCUACCGAGGCUGCUAUCAAGAAAUGA